UCCGCUAACUACAAACCGAGGGCACAAAAGACGCGGGAUACUGCGGAGCGUACACAGACACAUUCUCUCGCGGAGACAUCAACGACCGGUUAGAACAGGAACCUCAGCCACACGCUGCAAUGACGACCGCUGGAAGCUGGAUAUCAGCCACAGUACUCUUAUUAGCUACUAUAGUAUCAAUUUGUGGUCAGCGCAUCACUACCAUUCAGCUGGAUGGGGUCCAGUAUUUCAUAAGCCGUAUGAACCCAUACUCGCCUGAGCUAAACUACUUCUUGGCCUAUCAGUACUGUCGCUCCAUUGGGCUUCAACUGGCUUCUUUUGAAUCGAAAGAGAAAGCAGAUUCCAUGGCUCAAUACCUUAUUAAUGCAGGUUACAAUGGUCACGACUACUGGACAUCAGGUAACCGACUUGGCACUGACAUGCUCAUCUGGAUGAGCUCUGGUGCCACCUUCAACGCUACAUUCGAUUACAUGAGGAAGGCGUUUGGUAACGAUCUGGACACCAGCACCAACGGCCCUAGUGGCGAAGACUCUACUGAGACCGGCCCCAGCACAUCAGCAAAACCAGUGUCUGCAAGAUGGGCCCGCCACAGACAAGGUCGAGACAGCAGCUUGAAGACUGGCUGUGUGACACUCAAGGCACCAGACCUGGAGUGGGAUACUGAUGACUGUGAAGGGAACAAGGAUUUCAUUUGCGAGCAGACAAGAUGCUAUUAUUACAACUAUGGCUCUAUUCCAGUCUCCACAUCUCAGGGAAACAACAAAGUCAACAAACCAACAAAAGAAACAACAACUGAAGAAACGGAUUCUACAAAUGUAACCUCUGUACCAAGAAACAACAGCAACACCCCACUAGGACCACUCUUGAAUUUCACAAUCAAUCGCCAUAUAACAUUAAGACCCAAUGCACAUGAUGUUCAGACCUCGCAACAGUCUUCAACGCCCGCUGCUGACCUGUCACUUGGAGGGAACCCUGCAGCCAGAGCUGUAUCUGACAGAGACACUGACAACAAUGUGGUAUAUGUAACAGCAAUUGGUGCAAACAAUGAUCAACAAGCUGUUGCAUAUGUCAACAUGAAUGCUGGCUUCAAUGCUGAUCAAAUUUCAAAUGUUGAAAUAACAACAAAGAAAGCAAAUGACAAACCUAAUAUUGGGCUUCUUAAUGAAGAUGACUUGUCGACAACAAUAAGCAUAACAACAUCAAAGAUAACACACUAAAGAACUAAAUAUGAUAAGGUGAAAGCCUCAAUUACUUUUAGACAUGUAACAGCACCAUGAUUUAAUUAAUGCUCUUACUAAGCAGUACUAAGUUGUAAUUGUUAGACUGUUUUUUUAAAAGUUAAAUAAUGCUUACAAGUCAGAUAUCUCUGCCUAAGGUGAAGACAGAGUAAAGUUUCAACAACAACAGCAACAAAAUCAAAAACUGAAGCCGUUAUUCAUCUGAAAUAAUGUUACAACAGACAUCACUACACAGAAACCUUCAUGGUGCAUACAUUAAGAAUUCAUCUCUUGGGUUAAGAUAAGCUCAAUCUUCAUUACUUUUCAAUGUCGGUGAGUUGGUAGUGUGUGUUGUUCUACAAACCAUUGAAUUACAAAUGUUUAUGGUGUCUUCAGUUACAACAUCCAUAACCAAUUCACUGUUGACACAUCCAUUGACUAUUCUCUGUUAACAUAUUUCAUUUUGCUUGUGGUCUUUAGAUUACUGUAGGAAUGUAGUUCCUUGUAUAAGAUAUAACGGAAUAAAGGUACUCUAAAAUCAGGAAGUUCUGGUAAGAA